AUGAACCCUAACAAACCUUUGUUUCUAGGAUAAAAUCAUCGUUCCCAUUUGCUCUAACCCUAAGAAAUUCAGCCUAGAAGCUAUAGUGUUUAAAUUGCAAAUAAUCGAAAUUCUAUUGAAAACGAAUUAAAACAAAGUCAUUUAGCUCGAUCUCAUUUAGAACAUCAGGAAAGGCUACAAUAAUUUAUGGCUGCAUAGAAUUAGCAAUUAAAAUAGCAAUUGAUAGAAAUUGAGAAUAGGUAGUUGAAGCUACAAAAUGAACUUCUGUCGUAAUAAGUUUAAAAAAUUUAAAUUGAUUUAGAAAAUACCCUGAAAAUAAUCUCUAAAAAAAAAAAAAAUCCAUCGAUUCAAUAAAAUAUGGCCAAGUUAUCUUAAAGUUCAAAUUUUAGUUAAAAAUACCAAAAACAACAAAGCUUAUCAAUAGCCUCUAGCGAUACUAAAGAAGAAGAGACCUAAAGAUACAAUGACAAAAUUCCAAAUAAAAAUGAAGCAAUUGAAUUUCAAAUAUCUGAUAAUUUUGAAAAUCAAAAUCCAAAGCAUCACUCCAACCGACAAUCUCAUAAAACCUAAAAAAGUUUAAAGAAAAGGAAAAGAUUAAAGAAGUAUUUGAUUGUUGUGUUGGCAUGCAUUAGGUUAUUGUGGAAAUAAAGAAUGAAACUCAAAGAAAAUAGACUAAAGUUAAAAAGGUUAAAGGAGAAAUUUGAAAUAGCCAAACAGAAAUUGUUGGCAAUCCCUGAAGACAACAUCAGGAAUCUACUUUCUACAUGGGUCAAUGAUCUUUUGGAAGAAGUCAUUUAAAUUCUCAAUAGUGAACAAUUUUAUGCUCAUUGUGAUACUCCAAAUUACAAUGCCAAUAAAGAUGAAAACAUUAUAUACAGAUAAGAAUUAAUAAUACAAAUAACAUACAAUUUCUUUGAUCGUCUAGAAUACAUGACAAGAGAUAAACUUCUCCCAUCAUUAAUCAUAGAUCUAAUGUACUUAUCAUUAUUUUAAUCAUAAAAUCCAAAAGUAUCGUUAUUUGUAGCAAAGAGAACAAAUUUUUAUGUGAAGAACACUCUAAAAUUAUCAAAUCAAUAAGAAAUGUUAAUUAUUUCAGAAUAUUUAUUUUUUCGAUUAAUCAUUUAGUACAUGUUGAAGACCUUUAAUUCACUAAAGUAUAAAAAUGAUACUCAUGAAAAAUUAUGCAAAUUUUUUGUAACAAUUAUUGCUAGUUUCAUUCAAAUUUUGUAUAUAGACUUUUUUGAAGAUAUGAAAUUUGUUAAAUAAAUAAAUGUGCAACUUUAUUAGAGAAAAAUAGUUCUUGAUGAGAAGCUAAAAGCCUACCUUUUAGAUGAUGAUAAAAUAGAUGAAGGAGAGAAUUUGAUUUUAGGAUUGCAUGAUAGAUCAUAAUUUGAAUAAUUAUUUCAACAAUAGAUGGAAUGGAUAAAUCAUUUGGGCAAAACGUUUUAUUAAAUUCUUUAAAAUCUUCAUAAUCAAUUAUGA